AUGGCGGCUUAUCGUCUUCUAACGAUUGUCCCCGUCGUUUGCGCGCUUCUCGCUGCUCUGUGCGGUCUUAAAGGAAACUCUGCUGAGACCCAGAUUGGGAGGAACGUCUCUGAAGCUGAUUUCGACUUGUUCAGAGCGCAGUUUCACCGCAUGUAUGACGUCACCAGCGACGAGUUUAACAGGCGUCACAACUACUUUCGGGAUUCAAAAAAACGCCAAGCACGCCUGAACUCGUUUUCUGCAGUGCCACAAUCUGCAACGUAUGGCAUCAACCAGUUCUCUGACCUCUCACCAAAGCAGUUCAGAGAUCUGUACCUGACAGGCAGCGCUACCAGAGUUCCCCACUACUCCGGACUAACGCCUGAGAAUCUUCCAGCCAAAUUUGACUGGAGGGACAAAGCUGUGGUGGCACCAGUCCAAAACCAACAAGCAUGUGGGAGCUGCUGGGCCUUCGGUACUGUUGGUGCCAUUCAGUCUGUCCAUGCGAUAGGAGGCUUUACGCUGGAGCAGCUGAGCGUGCAGCAGGUUCUGGACUGUUCCAUACAAAACAGUGGCUGCAAUGGGGGAUCUGCUGUGUGGGCUCUGGAUUGGUUAAAACAGACCAAAGUGAAAUUGGUUCCUCAGUCCGACUACCGCUACAAGGCCAAGACAGGAAUUUGCCAUUAUUUCUCCCAGUCACAUGAUGGAGUCGCUGUGAAGAACUUUACUGCACAUGACUUUGAAGGUCAGGAGGCGGCCAUGAUGGGUGAGCUGGUGCAGAACGGUCCUUUGGUUGCUGUUGUGGACGCGAUCAGCUGGCAGGAUUAUCUGGGAGGAAUCAUCCAGCACCACUGCUCCAGCCAUCGGUCCAACCACGCUGUCCUGGUCGUUGGAUACGACGCUACUGGCCAUAUUCCACACUGGAUUGUGCAGAACUCCUGGGGAACGGCAUGGGGGGACGAGGGCUAUGUUUAUAUAAAAAUCGGUAGCAAUGUUUGUGGUAUUGCAGAUUCUGUGGCAGCAGUUUUUCUUUGACAACAGUGUUUAUACACUGUUUUAGUUUGUCUUGUAUGAUUGCAUGUGAGCGGUCGCUAUUGGCGAAAUUGAAACCAUCCUUCAGUAAUUACAUUAAAUCCUUUUUAUUGAAAUGUCACCAUCUAACAUCACUAAAACAAAAUAAAUCCCUUUAAACGUU